GUGCAGGCGCAUCAGCAUCACAACAAAAGUGGUCCGUGAAGCAGGCGGACUAGUGAAACUACACAACGAUUUUAUCCAGUUCACAUUUGAGACUGCAUUUGUCAGUCUUUUACUUUGUUCAUUCCACUCGGUAGUUACGAAGCGACAUCGCAAUGGCUUUGAACAAGAACAAUUCAGAAUCCGGAGGCGUCAUUAUCACCAACAGUGAAAGGCCUACUCAAUUGGGGGCUCGGAGUUGCCUAACUAACCCUUGGGCUAUCCUCUACUCUCUUCACUGCCUCAGCAUAGGACGUUUUCUGCCCUACUCAAACUCUGGCAAUCUCAACCUGUCUCUCUCACAGGGCAUUUUGGAUCCCCAGUUGCAUGGGCACCCCCACGGUUGACACAGGGCUUUCUCUAUCCCAACUGUACACUCCCUCUGACUUUGCCCUCCUGCACAUUUCUCACAUCGUGGGAUCUCCUGUCUACACACUGCUGCAACAUGUCCGGAUCCUUGGCACCUAAAGCACCGAAGCUGGUUCGGAACAUAGGCCCUCACAGAAUAGCAACUAUAACCUGACCUUAUCAGGAAGAAACACUGUCAAAGCUCAACAAGACAGGCUGGGAAUUCUCCGUCUUGCCAUUGCCACCGGGUCUACUUCUCACCAAACGGCGGGCGUCACAAACACUAAGAAUAUUUAUUUGAUCCACCUCUACACUCAACGCUACUCCACUAAUCAUGCCGUUUUCCCGGAAAUACGCGUUACGUAUCUGUCAUGCGGGCAUGGCAGUGUGUUGAUGAGCUAUGAGAACGUGGAGCUUGUAUUCUGUGAAGCUGAGUGCCUGCCUGAUGCCUUCAGGAAGAGUAAGAAGGGGAGUGUCUUCCUGACUCCCUACAGGGUGAUCUUUGUGGCGAAGGGGGGUCAUGAUGCUCUGCAUUCCUUCAUGAUGCCUUUCUACCUGAUGAAGGGCUGUGAGGUCAAACAGCCUGUCCUGGGGGCCAACUACAUCAAAGGCACAGUCAGCGCAGAGCCCGGAGGAGGCUGGGAAGGCUGUGCCACCUUUAAGCUGGUGUUUGCUGCUGGAGGAGCCAUUGAGUUUGGACAGUGCAUGUUACAGGUCGCUGCACAAGCAUCCAGAGGGCAGCCUGUGAGUGGUGGCUUUGGGGGCUGUCCGUACAUGGCCAACGGGGCAUAUGCCUACCCUCCUCCCCCAGCCAAUGGGUACCCGGCGGGACCCCCACCCGGGUACUCCUACCCCAACCCCCCUCCGCCAGAUGCAUUCUACCCCAACCCCGCCGGGUUUGAUGGCCCUGCGGCCUACAUGCCCCCUCCUCCCUACUCGGCCCCCCUGGGACAGCAGGCCCCCCACAACCCUGACCUGCCCUCCACACCUGCAGCCGAGGCAAAGGCAGCAGAGACAGCAGCCAGUACCAGCUGUGCCACACUCCCUCCCACCUACCUACCACAGGACAAACCUCCCCCCUACUCUCCGACUGAGGACAAGAAGACCAAGUAGAGCAUCGAUAUCUCAGCUCCCACGGCCUCUACCGCCCCAUCUCUCCAUCCCUAUGUUUCCUCCUCCUUUCUCCUCCUCUGUCUCUUCCAUCAACACCUCCUGUCUACCUGGCUCCCUUUGAAUCCAUCCCAGCUUUCUCAAGCUCGUGUACAGGCAGUUCCCUUCUACCCGAGUUCCACUAAACAAUUAUAUCAUACCCAGCUGACUUUAACUAAAAAGUGUAACUUACAGCUCUUCUAGAGUGGUUGAUGAUAUGAUUGUAGCUUGUUUGGGCCCUAAGCUGUCAGGAAACCUAACAUAAUAUUAGGUUAAGGCUGAGGUGAGGUUUAGUACUAGUCUUGGGUACCUGCCUUUUUCUGUAUUAGCAAACCCUACAUUUUCUUGCCAGACAUGACAACGGCAAGUUGGCUAAAGCAGAAACGGGCAGACAUGCAGGCUGAAGGUCUAGCCGGUUGUUUUGAUGGGAAAGUGAUUUAUUUUCUAAGACGACCUAUCAAACUGGAUUGAAUGAAGUUUUUUCUUUGCUAAUCUAUCCAGUGGCUAGCGCAAGUCUGUAUUGUUUAUUUAUUUAUUUAUAAUUUUUCUGUACAGGAUUUUAAUGUGACUACUUUAAAUAUGAGAGCAUAGCAGUAGAUCAUUGGACCAGGUCUCUGUUGAAAAAUAAAUGUUAUUGCAAUGAGACUAACCUGAAUAAAAAAAGGUUAAAGAACA